AUGCAAGAACUUUUCGCUCAUUUCGGGGUCCCCAAGUCCAUUACCACCGAUGGAGCCAAGUGUUUCACAGGUACGGAAUUUAGCACGUUCUGCGUAAAUGGGAACAUGAAACACUUGGUGGGAGCUCCGUUCCACCCGGAAUCAAACGGGGCAGCAGAAUCAGGGCCCGACGCUAUUACAGAAAUUCCUGUUAUUUUACCGCAAUACACCGCGCUCGGCAACGCGCCAGACACCGGCAAAAUUAUUCCCAGCACAAAGGACGUGGUUAGUGAUCACCAGGAUUCCCAAAUCAAACGUCACGGUAAACGACAGCAUGAAAUCCAACAGGGAGACACAGUGGCCGUGCGGGAUUAUCAGACGAAUAAAAAUAAGUGGUCGAUAGGAACUGUUACGAAAAAUGUGGGAAAACAAGCGUUUGAGGUGGAUACUGAGACGGGCACUUGGAAGCGACACAUAGACCAGACCAUUAAAAUACCAAAUAGGGACCCAGGAGUGUUGGAAGUCGAAUGUAACGAAAACCCAUCUGACCCAAGGGGGGGAAAAGUUCCAGAGGGGACCGGGAAGGAUACGGACGGGCCAAACAGGGAACCCGAGAUAACCUCUACCGGACGUUCUCGCCCGACCGCUAUACAACAGUAG